AUGAAUAGUUUACCCGGAAAAUCUUUUUCAAACAUUAAUGGAAUUAAUAAUUCCAAUAAAACUUAUUAUUAUAAAGAAAUGAUUUAUGCCAAAGAUGGUUAUACCGUACAUCCCACAGGAAAGCCAGUGAUAAGGAAUCCAGCAACUAAUCGUUUGAAUAUUAAUCAGUGUAAUAAUACCUAUAAUUGCUUACCAACACAAAUAGCAGCAAUGUACGGGAAUCCCAGGAAUAAUUUCUGCAGACUUGAUUCAUCAAACCUUCAGUUGUAUUCAGCACAAAACCAGACAUCUUCGCCGUCUUCAAAUUCAAAUUCUUCGUCUUGUCUGAUGUCUUCUCAGUCAGCAGUGAUGUCAACAACAACAUCCCCGACAAUAUCAACAUUACCAAUGGGUAUGAUAGAUGAAGUUAGAUUAAAUCAGGUGGAAUGGAUACAACAGUUAAAUACACAAGGGAAACUCCCCUCUCCUCAUAGCCUACUUCCAUGUAUGAUGAUGGUGAGAAAGGUGUCUUCAGAUAGUAAUAACAACAAUACUACUACUAACACUACUAAUGAUAAUAAUAGUAGUAGAGUCAACGAUAUUACCCCAUUGAACAAUAAAUUCCUUAAAUCUAAUGAUGAAAGACAUUCUCUAGCCUAUAGACAAAUAGAAUCAUUGAUGAGAUCUAAAGAGAUAUUGACAAGUCAACAAAAGAAUCAAGACAUCAAUAAUGCUGUUAAUGCUUACAAGGAAGAAGUUGGUGAGGAUGAAAAUAAUUCUUCUAGUGCAUGUACUGUUGAGUAUGAUGAUGAUGAUAACACCAACAGUAAUGAUCAUGAGGAUGUAGAUGGUGAGGAGGAGGAGGAGGAGGACGUUGAAGACGAUGCCGAUGUUCAACAUUUAUGUCAGGUGUGCGGUGAUCGCAGCAGUGGUAAACACUAUGGUCAGUAUACAUGUGAAGGAUGUAAAAGCUUUUUCAAACGUUCUGUACGUAAAUCAGCUAGUUAUAUUUGUCGGUCAGGUGGACAGUGUCCAGUCGAUGCCCAACGACGUAAUCAAUGUCAAGCGUGUCGUAUGUCAAGGUGUUUAUUGGCAGGCAUGAAAAAAGAAUCUGUUCAACGGGCUCGAGCAAGCUCACAGACACAUCUGUGUCCAUCGACGCCAUAUUCAACAAAUUCUGUGAUAGCAGCUGCUGCAGUCGCUGCAGCUUAUUUCCAUGGCAAUGGAAGUACUGUCGAUAGCUUUCCAACAGGUUUUAUUCCAGCACAGACAACACCACUCCUGCAGAAUAGUUACACCACAAUUCAAAGUUCUCAGAGAAAUCCUGUAUUGACAUCAAGAAGCCAGUAUCUUAGCCAAUCUAAAUAUAUUACAUCAAAUCCUGUCAACCAUUUUGGUAAUCAGUUACCAGAGAUGCGUUAUAAUCCAUAUGGAGGUGUAAUGAACUCACAAUUUGCUCAUCCGAACACUCAAUACACGCCUAAUGUUCCACAGCUGAUAGAAAGCAGAGUAAUCACAAAUUUCGACAAGAAUUCGUUAUACACUCCGUAUACACAACAGUAUGACUGUUCACCUAAAGUUAGGUAUAUAAAUUCAAGUUCCAAUGAAGUCUACUAUCAUCUGCCGAGUCAAAGCGCCCAACAGUUAUAUUAUUCCACGUCACUGACGCCGACAGUUACACUUUCAUCAUCAGCGAUAUCAACGACUUCUCCAAUUUCUACAGUAAAUUUCAAUAAAAUUCUAUCAUCACAUAAAAGUACAGAGUUUAUUCAUCAAUUCAACGAUAGAACUCAAUUACAAACAAACCAAUCAAAUAUUUAUACAGCGGGAAACAACAAUACUGUGCCUGAUAUGAACACUAGUGGUCAACCGGACUCUUCAUCAUUCUCUCCAUCUCCGUCAUCAGUGUAUCAUCCACAAGAGAUGAUUAUAGAUUUACAGAAAACAAUUGAAGAAUGGAUUAUGUCAAAAGAGUACACGAUUAGUCCAAUUUAUUUAGGGCACAGCUAUCAUAUCGAAGCUGUUAUAUCCUCAGCUAAUCAAUUGUUAAACAGAAUUUCAUACAUACUAAACAAACUUCAGUCAUUUAAACAUGCCUCCCAACAUAACAGCCAUACUACCAUGAUGCCUCAUUUAAACGAUUUAAACAAAAUACAAUAUGAUAUUGAAUAUACAUGGAUAAAUGAAUCGCUGCUACUGUUGUUAUCAUCACAAUCAGAAUUUACUGAUUUACAAGAUAAUGAUACCGCAUCAAUGCAUCAUUUGACAGGUAUGAUGAAUUCAACACCGGAUACAACACAGACAAUAAUUUGUGAAUUAUCAGAAAAAGAACGUGAAUUAUUGAUUAUACAAUCAUUGCCAACACUGGUCAUUAUUCAUAUUUAUCAGAUUCUAAUCAACUGGACAAAUAGUCAAGAUAAUGAAAUUGUCAAAGAGAUUGAAUCAAUCCUCUUCAAUGUUAAUCAUUAUAAUAAUUUUAAAUAUUAUAAAUAUAAUGAAUCCUUUGCAUAUUAUACAAGAAAUCAAUUAAUCGAUAAUCAAUCAAUAAGUCAAGUGAUGAAUACACAUUCUAGUGAUGGACAGAAUCAUAUUAUCCAUAUAAAUGAUGGACACAGUCAACUCAAUAACAUAAAUAAUUUGAGAGGGAGUAACUUUGAUACCUUUGAAUUGGCAUGUAUGAAGACUUUAAUUCUGCUAGAUUCUGGUCUAUUGAACAAUGAAUCAUAUACGAAAUCAUUUGAAAUGUUAAAAUGCACUAUUCACAUGGUACUUAUGAAACAUGUAAUCAAUAAAAUCAGUUGUCAAGAUAAUAAACAGCAGCACCAACAACAGCAUCAUCCACAAGGCGUGAUAACUACAAAUCACUGGAAACUAUUUUAUCGUAUAUCUCGAAGAAUUUUCAAUUUCUAUCAGAUUUCAAAUGAAUUAUGCAGAAUUCAUGGAUUUCGAAAAGUUGAUUCAAAAAGUUAA